CCACAGGCCCUAGGGCUCCCUCUUCCCUACAGAAUCCCACCUUCCCAAGGAAAGGCCGACAGGAAACUACAACUCCCGGAGGGCGCCGCGGGCCCCGCCCCCGGCGGCGCGCAGUGUAGGUCGGGGGCUGCGGUCCCGCAGUCUUCUCGCCGCGUGCUGCCCGGAGCAAGCGCACUACAGGUUGUGUCAGCAGCGGCUGCCGCCAAGGUGCCUGAGGUGGAGCUGAAGGACCUGAGCCCCUCCGAGGCGGAGCCGCAGCUAGGACUGAGCACGGCGGCCGUGGGCGCCAUGGCCCCCCCGGCGGGCGGCGGAGACCCUGAGGUGCCAGCUCCCGCCGCGGAGCGGCCCCCGGCCCCCGGCCCGGGCUCAGGGCCCGCCGCGGCUCUCAGCCCAGCCGCCGGGAAGGUGCCUCAGGCGUCGGCCAUGAAGCGGAGCGACCCGCAUCACCAGCACCAGCGGCAUCGCGACGGCGGCGAGGCCCUAGUCAGCCCCGACGGCUCCGUCACCGAGGCGCCGCGCACAGUCAAGAAGCAGAUCCAAUUUGCUGACCAGAAGCAAGAAUUCAACAAACGUCCCACCAAAAUUGGACGUCGCUCUCUGUCUCGUUCCAUUUCUCAGUCAUCUACUGACAGCUACAGCUCAGCGGCUUCAUAUACAGAUAGCUCUGAUGAUGAGACAUCCCCCAGGGACAAGCAGCAAAAGAACUCUAAGGGAAGCAGUGACUUCUGUGUCAAGAACAUCAAACAGGCAGAGUUUGGACGAAGAGAAAUUGAAAUUGCUGAACAAGAAAUGCCUGCACUGAUGGCUUUGAGGAAGAGAGCUCAAGGAGAAAAGCCUUUGGCUGGAGCCAAAAUUGUGGGUUGCACACACAUCACUGCUCAAACUGCUGUGCUUAUGGAAACUCUGGGUGCUCUGGGAGCACAGUGCCGAUGGGCUGCCUGCAACAUCUAUUCCACUCUCAAUGAAGUAGCUGCUGCUCUAGCAGAAAGUGGAUUUCCUGUCUUUGCUUGGAAAGGAGAAUCAGAAGAUGACUUUUGGUGGUGCAUUGAUAGAUGUGUGAAUGUGGAGGGCUGGCAGCCAAACAUGAUCUUGGAUGAUGGAGGGGAUCUUACUCACUGGAUUUAUAAAAAGUAUCCCAACAUGUUUAAGAAAAUCAAGGGCAUAGUAGAGGAGAGUGUUACUGGAGUCCAUAGGCUAUACCAACUGUCCAAAGCUGGGAAGCUGUGUGUUCCAGCCAUGAAUGUCAAUGACUCAGUCACCAAACAGAAAUUUGACAACCUAUACUGUUGCCGUGAAUCAAUUCUUGAUGGACUUAAAAGGACAACAGACAUGAUGUUUGGUGGAAAGCAAGUGGUGGUCUGUGGCUAUGGAGAGGUGGGGAAGGGGUGCUGUGCUGCUCUGAAAGCCAUGGGCUCCAUUGUGUACGUAACUGAGAUUGACCCCAUCUGUGCCCUGCAAGCCUGUAUGGAUGGAUUUCGACUGGUGAAAUUAAAUGAGGUUAUCCGACAAGUGGACAUUGUUAUUACCUGUACAGGUAACAAGAAUGUGGUAACCAGAGAGCACUUGGACCGUAUGAAGAAUAGCUGCAUCGUUUGUAACAUGGGACAUUCCAACACGGAGAUUGAUGUGGCGAGUCUGCGGACACCAGAACUGACCUGGGAGCGAGUGAGAUCCCAAGUUGACCAUGUGAUAUGGCCUGAUGGCAAGAGGAUAGUACUGCUGGCAGAGGGCCGUCUGCUGAACCUAAGCUGCUCCACAGUGCCUACAUUUGUGCUCUCAAUCACUGCUACUACUCAGGCUCUUGCCUUGAUAGAGCUUUAUAAUGCUCCUGAGGGUCGCUAUAAGCAGGAUGUCUACCUAUUGCCCAAGAAAAUGGAUGAGUAUGUGGCGAGCCUACACCUGCCUACCUUUGAUGCCCACCUGACAGAGCUGACAGAUGAACAGGCCAAGUAUCUGGGACUCAACAAGAAUGGGCCCUUCAAGCCUAAUUACUACAGGUAUUAAGUUUCUGUAACUCAAGCCAGAAGAGGUUGUAAGGAAUAGAGCUCCAAGCCUUUUCUCCACUACUAUACAAGAAAAAACCCAGCAAGCUGCUUCUCCAAUCAGAGCUGCCCGCCGUGCUCACCUUAUAUGUUAGGUUAUUUAUUUAUUAAAAUCUAGAAUUCUGUGCCUGUAGCCCUGGCCCUGAGUGUGGUUACUGCCCCAAGGGCCAUGACAGCCACAGAGGACAGGCUGAGGAAGGAAAGAAAUGGGGCAACCAUUUCCAGUGCAUCAUUCACAUCAUUCCCCAUUGACUCUGAAUCCUCAGCAAUGGCCAUUUUUUUCUUGUCCAGGAUCAAGAGUUAGUCCAGGGAUUCCAGACUCCUUAUUCCCUGGGGUUUUCUGGAAUAAAUUUUCAACAGCUGCCUUUCUCAGCUUAGGCCUUUCCCCAGGUGUGAGGCCUUUUGGAAGCCACCGAAUUUAUAUGGCCAUCACUAUCACUGCCUUCUUUAUACAAAGGCUAGUAAGGAAGGAGUGCUAUGGCUUUGGCAAGCUACACCAAGAACUCAGCUGUGCCUGUGCCUACUGGGGGUCUCCUUCCUUACUCAGGACUUCUUUCUUCUCCUUGAAUAUUUAUGUCCAUUUUAACACUUUCUAGUUCCAAGAGGGAUGUGCUGCCAUUAUUUCCUCAUCAACUUUGGUGUGUGUCAGACAUUUGUUUUGCCAUCUUUCUAACCCAGCCAACCUCUGCUCACUCAGGAAGUGGGGGCCAGCUCCACUGGGACCCAUAGUUUUACUUCCUAGUCAUUUAACUAUAAUUUCCCAGGAAGCCCCCUCCAGACUGCCACUCUCAGAAAAGGAGGGUUUGUUAUGAAACACUCCUUCUGGAAGCAUCUUAUUGCCUAAAACUACUUCUGAAAUUGAGUAGGGAUUUGGAGGUCUAAAACUUGACACUUUAAAGAAGCAGAGUAUAUUUAUUUGUUUCUGGGGAAGGAUUUGACACUCUAAACUGUAUCCAGAUGAUCAAAGCUAGUUUGAACCUCAUCAGACAUUUAUACCUUUGGCCAUUGCCAUUGAUGAAACAGAUCUGCAAUCUGAUAUGUGUUCUUUCUUCUCUGCUGGCAUAUCUUUUAUGAUCUGACCUCUUCCAUUUAAGGAUUCUGUAUUUCAGAGGUAGUUUCUUGAAUAACACCAACAUUACAAAAUAUUAGUAAUGUGAGCAGCAUGAAAUUUUAUGUCCCACCCAAGAGGUGGAUUCCUUUUGGAGACUCACCUGGUCUCAAGGAUUCUGUUGGGACCAGAUAGGUUCUAAGAGUUAAAGUCUGGAGUGGCCCUAGGGAUCUUGAAUUAAAUGAGUUCCUCUUCCCCUGCCAACCCUACUUAACACUCUCAUGUUUGUUGUUUUUUUCCCAAUUUUUUCUUAUGCUGGUCUGCCUCAAAGUCUAAAGACCAAGGUGACUCAAGGAAACACCUGACCACCCAGGAUCACUAUAACCUUCCCAUCCUGCUUUUCCUCUCCUACCUCCACUCUCUCUAACUUCCUCUGUUCUUUAUUUAUAUACCCUCAUAGCUAGUGUAGAAGUGACCUUACUUUUGGAGGUAGAGAGGUGGAACUUGGGUAAAUGGCUAUUUGCCUCAUUAAAUAGUAUAUGGGCUUAGUCCUUAAAGUCUGGUUCUUCAGAGGCCAUAUAUCUCAGCAAGUACUAGAGAAGUGUCACAUACAUGGCUAUUUUUUUUUAUAGGAAGAUCAUAAAUGCUGAAAGUUCCACUAGGCUACUCAGUUCUUCCUUUUGCCUACCCAGUUCUGUUUUUUAUAUUAAUUAAUUGGAUCCCUUUAGAAAAAGAUUCAGAUCUUUGUAAUUUGUCUUAUACCCACAGCAGAUUCCAGUAGGCAGAUAUAAGGACUCUAGCCUAUUAGUUUCAUAGACCAAAAGUCAUAACCUGCUAUUUCUUAGCAAAGCAUUGCUCUCUGUGGAGCUGGUACUUCCAGAAUACUCUCUGACUUGCUAUAGUGAAGAGACCCAUUCCAAAUAAAGAAACCACACUGGGAUUCUAAGUUAGGCUACCAGUAUUGCUACCCCUAGUGAGGUAUUUGCCUCUGAGUUUCAGAUGACCUUUCUUCCCUCUCUGGGGACUCUGCGUCAUCAACCAUUAAAAAGAAAGAGGCCCAGGCCUCCUGAGUAUUUGAAUUCUAUCUUAGUGCUAGAAUCUGGUAAUUGUUCCCUCUACCCUUGGAAUCGGAGCAAUGUGUCUUCUUUCCUUCAAUUUCUCACCUUAGAUGCAUCCUAGCUAUCUGGAAAAAUGGGAAAGAAGGCUAAUUAUCUCUUUGUAUGUGGCCCUGGCCUAUGGGGAUACAUACCAUUUUCUCUACAAUGAAUUUGUGCUAGUUUUCAAGGUCUUCUUUGCCUUCUUAAUAGAAAUAUUCAGUUUUCUUUUUCUCAUUAAAAAAAAAAUGUACCUAGUCUGCCUUCCCUUUGCCCUCCUAUCUCCCCAUCCUACCCUCCUAUAUGAGCACGGCUCCUUAUGGCCACAUACUCCUGCAAAGCUUUUUUGCUGCUUGGCUUUUCUCUGAACAGAUCUGAAAUUGCUGCUCCUGUGGUUUUCUCGAAAUUAACUUUGUUAUCGUUUUAAAAAAAGAAAUCAAAAUGCAUUGUUGCAUUAAGCUUUUUUAAUAAAGGAAAAUUACGGAAAGAAAAUAGGCUACACCAGCAAAUUAUAUGCGGACAGGUUCUAAACUAUCUAUACAAUACAUAUACAUAUAUAUAUAUAUAUAUAUACACAUAUAUAUAUAUAUAAAUAGUCAUUUAGUUCUCACUGUCAUCUUACUGAAAGGAAUAAAACCUCUAAGGGUCGCCAUUUCUUAAAAGCUCUUGGAAAUCUUCAUGUCUAAGUGAUUGUAUUAGAUCAGCAAUAAUGACUAUGUAAUC